AUGCUGCCUGUGCCGGGACGACUGCGCACGGCGAGGGGUCUGCGUGCAUUGCUGAUCGUUACAAUGGUCGCCAUCAUCAUUCUGCACGGGUUCCCAUCCGUCUUGAAGGUGCAGAUCUGGCGCGGGAUGCGGUUGAGCGACGCGCUCGAGUUGGCCGUGCCGCUGAUUGUCUGCGCACUGCUCUUCACGCUGAUGCACGCACAAGUCACUGGAGUGCGCCAGACGCUUGGUGCCAUGGCUGAUAUGCUGCGCGGCCGCAGGAGCCGGCAGAAUAGCGACAAGCCGUGGCGCGACGGCGGCGCGAAUCAGGAGGAACUACGUCCAAUGCCAGCCAAUCUCGACCUCCCGCCGUCCGCUCAAGCAGACCCGGCAGCCGGCGGAGGUGGCUUGCUGAGCUCGGACAGCUCUGUUCUCGUGCCCGAGCCGCGCGCGCUUGCUGCCGGCUAUUCAGUCACCAUGCUCGAAUUGCUCUGCUUUGUCAUUCCAGCCGCCAUCUACGCUACCGGCCACGGCGCACAUACAUUUGCCAAUAGGAUCAAGGGCUUGCUCAAGACGGAAGUGCCCGAAACCAGCAAUGUGUUUAUCGUGGCCGACUUUCUUGACGAGAAGCUGUCGCAUUAUGUGUCGAUGGCGGGAUUGUACUUGAUGCUCCUCGCAUUGGUGUGGCGGUGA